GUGAACACGACCCAGUGGGAUUCCCUUUCGUUCACCUCUUCCUGCCCUUUUACCCGCUCGCUCCUUCGUCCUCGCGGAAGGAAACUUCCGCUCGGGGAAAUCGGAGAAGGCUGCGCGUAUCGUUCGUUCUCGGUUCGGACCGUUCGAGUGCUAAGUGCCAGCCUGUCGGCUAAAUUAGUUUAUAAACUUGUCUUUGGAUUCUUUCGUCCCCUUUCUGUUAUUGUUGCCUUGGGAAUUACAUUGCGUACCGGAUAAUUAUUAGAAAAUUAAAUUGUGAUUUUCAGUGAUCGGCUCCGUUCGCAAUCAACAGUCCGAACCACUCGAAGCUCAAUCCCCCCGGCAAAACCAUCGAAUAAAAGUGUAACGAACCGUCAAGCAUCUUCUCGAAGGCACGUUCCAUUACAAAAACAGGGUGUGUUCGAUUUCCACGAGUGUUUGUGAACACGGUUCGCAAACAGUGUCUCGGUGACGUGAUGCGCGACAACGGACCUAGCCAUCGCCGCGAUUACAUGCCCGGAACGGAGUUGCGUAACGCGCUCGUGAAUCGCGGAAGAUCGUGAAGAGACACGACGACCGGUGGCUGAGGAUUCUGGGCUGGACGAGUCAGGACCGGCGGGAGGACGAGGGAACAAACGAUCCUCGAGAUCGGGAAUGACGGCGUCUCCGCUCGAGCUGAUGGAACGACCAGAAGAAGACGUUCCAGAGGCGGCGCGAGGAUGACGCCGACCAGGACGGUGGCUGGCCUGUCGAGAUUGCUGUUCCUCGUGCCUGUCACCGUCUGCGCGACCAUUUCCUACGGGAACCAGGAACCACCGCGUUGCCAAGACCGAACGCCGCCCCCUCAGACCUUGGCCAAGUGUCGAUACGACGACGACUGCAUGAGGAACGCUUAUUGUUGGAACCAGGAAGCCUGUCUGUGCAAAGAAGAUUACAUCGUCUAUAAGAAUCGCACGCACGUCGAAUGCUUAAAAGUGGCGAACUCCAUAGGAGACGCAUGCGUGGCGGAUGUCCAGUGCCGCGUGACCUUCGCCCCCUAUUCCGAGUGCCGGCAGAAUAUCUGCCAGUGUUCCGAUGGGUCCCACUACGUCGACGGAAGAUGCUACGAGUCUGUCGGCAUAGGACAGAUCUGCCAGUCGAACCGCAACUGCUACAUCACGAACAGCUACUGCGUGACAGGGUUCUGCGCGUGCACCUUGAAAUACCAUCCGAAUCCUCGCAACGACGGUUGCAUACCGAGCGCGGACCUCGGCGACCAGUGCUCGAACGAUUACGAGUGCGUCGUGGAGAACUCGAGGUGCACCGACGUCUGCUCGUGCAGGGUGGACCACGUGAUGUCGGGCGAUGGUAAGCGGUGUCUGAAGGCUGCCAAUUCCGUGGGCGAACCGUGUCAAGAGGACUCUCAGUGCCAGCUGUUCCUGAAGCACAGCAAAUGCGGCUCGGACGGCAAGUGCCGGUGCCUCGACGACUUCCAUCAGCGCGGCUCCGUCUGCUACAAGAACGUCGCGUUGAAGGAACGAUGCCGGAGCCACAACGAGUGCGUCACGUCGACGUACAAGGACUCGUUCUCCGUUGAGCCGAUGAACGUCGACUGCAUAGACGGUGUCUGUUCCUGCUCUAACGACUACAUCAUGACGGAAGAGCUGCACGACUGCGUCCGGUACAGCGAUAGCGGCGCCGCAGCAGCAACCUGGACGCUGUCUUCCCUGGCCCUCGCUCUGUUAGUCUCAACGAGUCUCUCGCUUUGAAGCUCCCGAGGCUUCGAUCGUCCGAAUCACGAGGACUGUUCAGGCGUCACCGGAGUAUCGACGACUCCAUCGACUGUACAUACGCUGCGCGGGAAGGAACGUACCGCUACCAAAGAUAAAAUCCAUUUCCUCGAUAGAACGUUAACGAAGCAACAGCGGCGACUUACGUUCGCGCAAACUAUUCAUAUCGUACUGGUUGUAUCUCGAUCGUUUCUAUUUAAAUAUACUCGCGUCGACGCGGGAGACACUCGAAUCCUCUGCCGCGUCCCUUUGAACGCCGGUUUCCACUCCCUUUUGAUCAUGUCCGCCGCUUUCUCCGCGAUCAUGUACACCGGCGCGUUCGUGUGGCCGGAUAUCAAGGUUGGUAUCACGCUGGCGUCCACCACGCGGAGACCAUUGAUCCCGUGGACCCGCAGUCUAUGGUCCACCACGCCGGAGUUCUUCCUCGGCGCCAUCUUGCACGUGCCCGCGAAGUGACCCAGGGUCGUGCUCACGUGCCGGGCGACGCAGGCCCAGUAGGGGUCAGUGUUGAACCUGUUCGUCUCGCAGCCUGGGAACGCCACGGGCAGCAGCGUCGCGUUGUAGCGGUCGAAAGACCUCGUCGAAGCGACUGCUAGGGCCUGCAAGCAGUUUUAGGCGAUCUUACACGGUGAUUUUCGCAGAGAUGGCCUGGUUCUGUUUAGAUUGCGAAUUGAAAUCGGAAGUAUUAACCCUUUGCAGUCCGAGCAAUUUUUAUGACCUCUUAGCGACUUUAAACCAUUUUUACUAUGAACUACUAGGAGUAUUUGCAAUGGCGCGUGUUUCUGUGGAAGAUUGAGGAUCCUUUGUCAUGGGAGAAAACAGGAUUGCAACAGGCUGAAUGUUAGUAAAUUAUAAUUUGAUAUAAAUUGUAUACUUUCAAUACUGAAUUUUGCAUAGAGGUCUGUUUACAUUUUUUUAGGAGAAUUUAGUUCCGGAAGUGUCUCGUUUUGUUAGAUGUUGAUGGUAUUUUUCUUAAGAAAGUGGGCGAUCUCUCCCUGAUUUGUAUUAAUUAGAUGCUUGCAAAAAGAUCGAUUCAUGUUAGAUGGUUUAGAACGCUUGGAAGAUCAUAGAAGCAUUCGGAAUAAUC